AAAAAUCCCAAUACGUGUAAAUUAAAUGGUUUACGUGAAAGUUAUAGCGUUUACAAAUGGUGGUACAGAUACUGGAUUUUUUUUUUUAUACUAAUAAUAGCGGCAAACAGCGACUUAUGCGGUACUUAUGCGGCAGAAAUUCUGACACUGGGGGGGAACUGACUUGGGGUCACUGACAUCCCCAGUGACACCAAUACAGUGAUCAGUGCAAACAAAAAGCACUGACACUGUACUAAUGGCACUAGGGAGGAAGGAGUUAACAU